AUGGGCCCUCCUCGCCGAAAAGUCCUUGCAACCGCCGAAGAAACCCUCACCCCGCCAGACGAACUCUCGCAAGGCCAGACCAUCGCGAAGGUCAUCAAAGCCACCGGGAAAAAUAUCUACCAGGUCGAAUUCCCGUCGAAAGAAUCCGCGCUGGUCGAAUUACCUGCCCGCUUCCGGUCAACGAUCUGGAUGAAGCGGGGGUCGUUUGUUGUCGUCGACACGAAUGCGCUCGAGGAUCGGGAUAAUAAGUUGCAGGGGGAGAUUGUGAAUAUCGUGAGGGAUGAGAAGGCAUGGCGGAAGGCGCCGUUUUGGCCGAAGGAGUUUGCUAAGCAGCCUGUCGCAAGGGCAGAGGAUUCGGACGAUGAUGAAGAGGAAUCGAACAUGGGCAAGAUGCCUUCAUCCGAUGAGUCUGACGCAUAA